AUGGCUCGUUCUACUCCGCUGUCCGCGAGCCCGUGCGUUCGCUGGUUGGCCCUGGCGGCUACGAUGUUGGUCAUAUUUGGGGAAAUUCCCUCUGUUCUUGGCCAGCUGCGUUUUGCAGCACUUGGAAACUACGGAUAUGACACCACUGGGCAGAAAGAAGUCGCGGAAACCCUCAAGAAGGCCGCAACUGAAAACCGCAUCAGUUUCCUAGUCAGCCCGGGCAGCAACUUUCCUAAUGGGGUGUCCGGCGCGAGCGACUCCAAGUGGGAGGAAUUAUUUGAAAACGUCUACUCUGACGAGAGCGGUUCUUUGAAAAUGCCAUUCUUGACAGUGCUUGGCGCUGAUGACUGGGCCGGCAACUACACGGCCAUGCAUGACCGAACAGACCUUGUCUAUGGAGAUAGCUCCGAAGCUGAAGUUCUCUCCAACACCCCCAAAUGGACUCUGCCUAACUGGUGGUAUCAUUACGCUGUCCACUUCGCUGCCAACACUGGAAGCACCUUUAUCAGCUCCGGCCAUAAAGACAUGAGCGUAGGUAUGGUGUUCGUUGACACCUGGGUGCUUUCCUCUGCCUUCCCCUUCGGCAACGUGACGGAGAAGGCGUGGAAAGACCUCGAAAGAACACUUGAAAUCGCUCCAAAGGUAUUCGAUUAUAUCAUUGUCGUUGGCAACAGACCCAUAUACAGCAGCGGAUCCUCCAAGGGCGAUUCCACGCUGCAAUACUACCUGCAGCCCCUCCUGAAGAAAGCUGACGUUGACGCGUACAUUUCUGGAUACGAUCGGGACAUGGAAGUCAUUGAGGAGGAUGACAUUUCCUACAUCAACUGCGGUACGGGCUCUCUCUCCGGCAGCUCGGCCCUCGUAACAUCUUCAGGCUCUAAAUUCUUCAGCGGCAACAGAGGUUUCUGUCUCUUUGAGAUGACAGCUGAGGGGCUUGUAACGAAGUUCAUCAACGGAGCAAACGGAGAAACACUUUAUGAGCACAAACAGCCGCUCAAGAGCAGGCCUGAGAGAUCCACCAUCGACCAGUUCAACUACCUCAGCGAAAUGCCCGAAGUGGAGUACUUCCCGGUCCCUGAGAUGGGAAAGCUUCCUGGUAAAGACGUCUUUGUUCGUGUAGUCGGGACCAUUGGUCUCUGCAUUUUGACUUUCUUGGCCACUCUGGGUGUCGCUACGGGAGUUUCUCGAGCGAUGAAGUAA